UUCUACUGCAUAACAUUUUUCCCGCAACUUGCGGAUUGUGGAAUACCAACCGAAGUUUUGCUGCUGCUAACAUGCCCAAGCGAGCAUAUCCGUUCACGGAAACCUUCUCGUCCCAGUACAAAAUACAUGUUGGGCAGCAUGAGCUGAAUAACUCCAGUGUGUUUGGGAAUAAAUACAGGAAAGAAAUCUACGAAAAGACGAAGAACCUGCUUUUCAAUGGCGCCAAGGCUAUGGUUGAUAAAAUAUGGUCCGGCGACGAGAAAACCAACGAGCCUGAGUCAACUAGACAAGAGACUGUCGAAAGCAGCCACACUCUCUUAAGAGGACAGACUUUAAUAGGCACUGACGGAAGACUUACUAAAGCCACAAAAACUCAAGGGCCUCCUCCAACUGGCUGCUACGUUUGUCAGAGGAGUGCAUCAUGCCGGACAUCUUGCUCGCUGUGUGAACGACUUGUCUGCUCCCCCUGCAGCCGACAGUGCUCCAACUGCUCCAGCCUCUGCUGUUCAGUCUGUACCAUCAUUGAUUACAGUGGACGUUAUGAUGAAGUGCUCUGCUGCAGUUGUUCCACAUAAUGGAAGUCCAGCUCACAGAUGAUGAGUUUAUGCUUGAAAACGCGAUGUCCUCACUUACUCAGACUGCAUUUUUAAAAAUGAUAAUAGUCCUUUCUUUAUCUUAUCUAAAUGUGUGUAAUGUAUAGAGCUAUAUUGAAAUAAACUUGAACAUUUUUUAUACCAUUA